AUGUUGAACAAAGGCAGAAGUCUAGUCACGUUGCAGCAGCCCCCCAUGUCGCAGGCACAUCAGUUCCCACAGCCAGUCGCCACACUCGCCGUACAUCCUCAGACUCAAAGCAAUCUCUUCAAGCUGCCCCCUGAGCUCCGCAACGCCGUUUACGCUUUUGCUUUGAAGAUACUAGACGGCCAUAUUGGGUCCAUCGAGCUGGCUCAGCGAAAGAUCGAUCACAAUGCCAUCAAUCCUGCCCGAAGCCCGCCACCGGCCACCUCACUGCUUCAGACAUGCAAGAUCAUUGAAAGCGAAGCCCGCCUGUUGUUCUUCGCUGUGAAUCACCUCCGUCUGGACUCCUUCAGAAUGUACAUGUACAGGGAAGGCCGUCAUCCCUCGAAGGUCAGAGAUGCUGCUCUUAUCGAUGGGCCCGCCACGCUUCGAUACAUGGCAAGACUAAGCGCCAUCGAGAGGAUUACCAUCACCGUUGGCUCGAUCGGUUCGCUGGGGAUGCGCCGAUUCAAGAACCUGAAGGAGCUGCAUUUCGACAUUAACGCCAACCUCCGCUGCACAAACUGCCCGAGGUACACAGUCGGGCCGAACAAAAGAGUCUGGAAUUACGAAGAGCUGUCAAAGGAGUUCGAGGCGGAGCAGAAAGACCUCAGAGAUGCUGUGAAACAGUUGCCGAUCGGAAUCCAGACUCUGCAAGUACAUUUUCUGCUGUGCGGGAAAUGUACCAAGCCAAAUUUGCGGUAUGCUGUGUCGACAGGUGCUUGUAGUAUCCUGGUGGCGCCCGAGCAGAGGUUUCUGGAUCUUGAGGUGAGAAUCUCGACGUGGUUGAUGGAGGAGUACCAGAAAGUUCAUGUUGAAAGGUCGUCGGUGGUGGAAGAGGGCGAUGAUGGCGACGAAGAGUCUGUCAAGAUCCCCAAGCGGAGACACGCAGUCAGGGGUUGGUGA